UGGAUAGCACGCUGUUCCUUGCGGGUGACAUGGCCGGUCAGUCUCUGUUGGAGAUGUCUCUCGGUGUUUGUGGAAAGUCGCUGCUUCGGCCCAUCCUGAGGGCUAGUCUGAGCCGGAAUCUGCUCCAUGUGUCUCCAGUGUCCCGGUCCAGCAGCGGAUCCAAGGGUCUGGUUCUUGGUGUGUACGAAGGAGAAAAAGGGAAUGACUCAGUUCAGUUCACAAAGGCAGGGGAAGUGUUUGAUAAUUCCACAUCUGGAAGACUUAAAGAACUUCUGACCAUAUCUGGACCUCUGCUUAAGAAAGGCCGAAGUCGCGUAUUUUAUGGGCUACACCAGGAUUUCCCUCAUGUUGUAGUUGUUGGUCUUGGUGACAAAGGUGUUGGAAUAAGUAAUUUGGAACAAUAUGAUGAAGGCAAAGAAAAUAUUCGAGCUGCAAUAGCAGUUGGAUGCAGGCAGCUACAAGACCUAGAGGUUCCUCUGGUUGAAGUUGAUCCAUGUGGGGAUGCUCAGUGUGCAGCAGAAGGAGCUGUUUUGGGUUUGUUUGAAUAUAAUGAGCUGAAGAAUAAAAAGAAGACUGUGGUCACUGUGAAACCGUAUGGAAGUUUGGAAACUGAGGCAUGGCAGAAGGGAGUUCUGUAUGCUGAAGGGCAGAAUUUGGCAAGACAUUUGAUGGAAGCACCAGCUAAUUAUAUAACUCCGACCAGUUUUGCAGAAAGCAUUCAACAAGCGCUGUAUUCAACCAGUGAUAAAGUCAAAGUGCAUAUAAGACCUAAGUCCUGGAUUGAGGAUCAACAGAUGGGAGCUUUCCUCAGUGUAGCUAAAGGUUCAGAUGAAGAACCAGUUUUCUUAGAAAUUCACUAUAAUGGUUCCACAGUUGCCAAUGAAUCACCACUAGCCUUUGUGGGAAAAGGUGUAACAUUUGACAGUGGUGGAAUUUCAAUCAAACCUGCUUCAGGUAUGGAAGCAAUGAGAGCUGACAUGGGCGGAGCAGCAACAAUCUGUUCUGCCAUCAUCACUGCAGUAUCUUUACAACUUCCCGUUAACAUUAUAGGCCUGGCUCCUCUGUGUGAGAAUAUGCUUAAUGGCAGAGCAAACAAACCUGGUGAUGUAGUCAAGGCAAAGAAUGGGAAAACAAUACAGGUGGAUAAUACCGAUGCUGAAGGUCGUUUGAUACUAGCCGAUGCCCUAUGCUAUGCACACAGCUUUAACCCCAAAGCAAUUGUAAAUGCUGCAACAUUGACAGGUGCGAUGGAUGUUGCCCUUGGAUCAGCAGCUACUGGGGUUUUCACCAAUUCCGACUGGUUGUGGGGACUCCUCAGACAAGCAAGUGUUGUGACUGGAGAUCGAGUGUGGAGGAUGCCACUUUUUCAACAUUACACCAGGCAGGUCACAGAAUCGCAACUGGCAGACCUGAACAACAUUGGCAAAUACAGGUCUGGUGGUGCAUGUACAGCUGCAGCAUUCCUGCGAGAGUUUGUUACAGCCCCUCACUGGGCUCACCUUGACAUAGCUGGUGUUAUGUCAAACAAAGAUGAAGUUCCAUAUCUGCGGAAGGGAAUGGCAGGAAGACCAACCAGGACGUUAGUGGAAUUUACAGCCUACCUGAGUCAAGAAAGCCAAAAUUCUUAAAUCGUCCUUUUAAAGAUACGCCCAGUUUUUCUUUUAUAUGUUUUAAUUACAUUGGUUUCAUGAUUUCAUUGCCCCUUUUGUAUCUCUGAUGAAACUUAAGUUUUGAUUUUUUUUUUCUUUUUGCAUGUGGAAAGAUGGUACUUAUAUCAAAAAGGAUGCAAGAUUUUAUCUUACAAACUCUGUUAAAGAAGAAUCUCAUCAUGA